AUGGCCUCAGAGAUGACUGACCUUCCCAUGGCUAAGGGCAAGGCGCCCGCCACCAGCGUAUACCCAUCUCCAGCAGAUGAGAUUAAUCACACAUUUGCUCAACCAUCUUCACCAGUCUUUGACCAACAGCAAGUCGCUCUAUCAAUGAGAAGAGAGAAUGUCACAUUGCCACCCAUCAAGAGUCUUAUCCACCAGAUGCCAUCGCCAUCCUCAUCUCCGCAAUUGGCGGUCGCACACUACAAAAGUUCAGCUGAUGCCCAUCUGACAUCACCGAACAAAUUCAACAGAAACCAAGAUGAUCCAUUGUUCCCUGAUCGACCAGCGACUUUUGACGAUGAUGCAAAACCUCAAUCCCUUUUUGGAAAUUCUGCUCAUCCCGUUCAGCCUGUCAUUCUACCUGAGCGAGACCAGCAGCUGUUCGCCCCUUCAUCACAACUCGGUCCUGGUGGCCUAGCUCGGCCUGUCCCAAUUGAGCCUCCUGUCCAGUGUGAACCCAUUCAACAUCCUCGCUCUCGAACAGAACCUGUGAGAAGCAGCCCUGAUGCUCUUAACAGUGCCAACAGCGGUUCUUCCAUCGGACGGUCAUAUCCACCUGGCAGAAAGCGAAAGCAGACACAGACAGCUUACGACAUCUAUAUGAGAAGACCAAUCUCGCCAAGCAUCCCAAGAUAUGGGAGAAACGACCUAUGGGCAAGGCAGGCUGCUGACCCCGACAGAUAUGUUGAACCGAUUCGUCAAGAGUGGCUGCAACAUUUCGAGGCUGUAAAAGCUACCUUGCCUCAGCCUACUUUCCCGAUACAAACACCUCCAGGUGUUCUUACUGAUCUGCAGCGGAUCUCGCCAGCCGAUGCUGCCAUGUUUGCCGCAAGACACGGUAUUGCAUUGGGAAGCAGACCUCAGCAGGAGAAGCGUAGAGUCGACAGUGGGCUUGAGAUGCCCCCACCGAAGCGGACGAGGAAGGUAUCUGCUGCCAAAGCACCUUUAAAGCCAUCUGUCUCGCCUCGCGAGGCACCACUGGAUGUGCCCAGCAAGAAGUUCCGACGCCGCUCAAAUGAUGCAAACAAGGCAAAGGCACCAGCUGAAAAGGUCACCCGCGACUACUCCAUCUAUAAUGAUUACUGCCCACCUAUAUCGACUUUGGAUAGCGAUCAGGUGAACUUUCCGAAUAUCGAAUGGAAGGCAACACCUCAAGAUGUGAGCGGUCACGAAGACUGCGGUCUCCUUCAUCCUAAGGAAAUUUCGAUCGUCUCGAAACUCGUCCUGACUCCUUCGGAUUACAUCUACAUCAAGCGUCGCUUCUUUGCCAACCGUCUUGAAUAUGCGAGAAAGGGCCAGUCUUUCAAUAUCAAUGCCGCCCAGCUGGCUUGCAAAGGAGCGGACGAACAUGGUAUCACCGGCAUCGACGUCAACAAAACCAGCAGGCUGCACAAAGCCUUCGACAAAGUCGGCUGGCUCGACGAGAAACACAUGCAGCCCUUCCUCUGA